AUUCAAAAAUUUAACCUUUUUAGUUUCUUUAAUUAACCUCCGGCGAGAUCUCUAAAUCCGGGAAGCUAUGGCGUCGUCUCCGUUGACUACGAAUGUUCAGGGUGCCAAAACUACAGAGAAGCAGAAGAUACAAUUCAGCGACCAAGAGGGAAAUGACUAUGCACCCAAGGUGAGGAAACCAUACACGAUAACAAAGGAAAGAGAGAGAUGGACUGAUGAAGAGCACAAUAAGUUUGUUGAAGCAUUGAAGCAACACGGGCGAGCAUGGAGGAAAAUAGAAGAACAUGUGGGUACAAAGACUGCUGUUCAGAUUCGAAGCCAUGCUCAGAAGUUUUUCUCCAAGGUUGCUAAAGAAGCAUCUGGAGGUAAUGGGAGCUCGUUGGAGCCAAUUGUGAUACCACCUCCUCGUCCCAAGAGAAAACCAUCACAUCCUUACCCACGCAAGUUGGGGAACGAGGGAGAUCAAGCAAGCAGAUCAGUUUCUCCUUCAGAACGAGACAACGGAUCUCCAACCUCUGUGUUGUCAACCGUUGGAUCAGAAGCCUUGGGUUCCUCUGAUUCACAUUCACCUAAUCGAAGCUUGUCCCCGGUUUCCUCUGCAUCACCUCCUGCUGCUCCUCUUGCAGCUACUGCAAAAGAUCUUGAGACUCUGGUAAACCCAUCUACGAAGCUGGAGUUGUUUCCAAGAGAGAGCUUGGUCAAGGAACCGACAAAGCAAAGCCUUAGACUCUUUGGUAACACAGUUUUGGUAUCUGAUUCAGGCGUGUCCUCUUCUCUAACAACGUAUUGUAAGUCACCUAUCAUUCAGCCAUUACCAAGGAAACUCUCCCGUUCCGAAACAUUCCCCAUGGUGAUAAACCCACAAGAGAAACUCUUGAGCUGUUGGAUACAACAAGUCCCUCCUAAGCAAGAAGAAGUGGAAAACAGAUGCUCAGAUUCAGAAAAGGCUGUUCAGAAUGAAGGAUCAUCGACUGGAUCAAACACUGGUUCGGUGGAUGAUACAGGACAUACGGACAAGAGCUCAGAACCACAUGAAACAAUGGUGUGUAGGUGGGAGUUGAAACCAAGCGAGAGGUCUGCAUUUUCGGAGCUCAGAAGAGCAAACUCUGAGUCUAAUUCAAGAGGGUUUGGUCCAUACAAGAAGAGAAAGAUGGUUAUAGAGGCAGAACAAGAAGAACAAGAACAGAUACGCCUCUGCUUAUAGUUAUGACAUUUUCUUAAUGUUCAUCAAAGUGUUUUUUUUUUUUUUUUUGUUGUUGUUGUUGUUUUAUUUUGUUCUCCGAGCUGUUUGUUGUUUUAGGCAUAAUUUGUUAUUGUAAACCACUUGUACAAUUUUUUUACUGGAGUUAAUCUAGUGAUUAUGAUGGUAGAA